UAAAUUUAGUGAUUCUAUCAUGUCUUAAGUUCGAUAAAUAAAAAAGGGAGGUCUUGUUAGGUAGAACUCAAAAUAAGCAAGCUUUUGUAAAUAACUUGCCUUCUUUUUUUUUUCUAUACUUCGUUUGCUAGGAUGCGAAGUUGUGCCUGUGUAUUAAAUUUCAUCGAGAAUUCUAAUUAAAUAACUAAUAAGCCUGGAGCCUGAGUCCCGUUACGUAUCUGUAUCUUCAUUCGCCGUUUGUCUUUGUGUACCUUCUGAGUCUUUUCUUUUUGCUAGAUAUUCUUUAGAGUCUUUUGUUUUGGUCGUUAAGGAGUCUUGUUUUUCGUAGAUAUCUAACUUCGAAGAGGGGGAUUUCUUAUAACUGUUUUGAAACUUGAAAGGUCGGCGGUUUUAACCUAUCGCUAUAAGCCGCCCUUUUCGGUCUUUAUUCCAGAUUGGGAGAAAAAUGUUAUUUAUUUGUUUUUUUUCCUGGAAUUUUAUGUUUUUGACGAGAUGACAUCCUUGUAGCCGAAGAAAGGGAGAAAAGAAAACGAGUUUUUUUUUUUUUUUUGCAUUUUCCCUUUGUGCAGAGAAUUUCCAUGCGGCGUGGAUAUAUCUUCCAAUAGAACUGUUUUUAGCGGUGAUUUGUUGCAUCAAUUUGGUGUCUCUUCCUCUCAAUUAGAGAACUCAAAUUUGUUAAGCAUAAGAGAAUCUCUGUAGAUUAUAAAGUUGAUGGGGGGUAAAAAUUCAAGGUCGGCUAGUUGGAGGCAGUCUUCCUCGUUCAGGUCUAGUUCUUCAUGGAAUCAUCAGGGUUAUCCCCAGUCGCCAGAUGCUCAACAAAAUUCAAACUAUGCUUCUCGGCAAAACUAUGCACCACAGUAUCAUUAUGCUCCUCCACCUGAAAAUUAUGAUUCUCGGGCCCCGGAUCCCAGAAGGAAAUUGGAAAGGAGGUAUUCACGGAUAGCUGAUAAUUACAAUUCCUUGGAGCAGGUCACUGAAGCUCUUGCACAGGCUGGCCUUGAGUCUUCUAAUCUUAUCGUUGGCAUUGAUUUCACAAAGAGCAAUGAGUGGACAGGUGCGAGGUCCUUCAACCGGAGAAGCCUGCAUCACCUAGGAGACACGCAAAAUCCUUAUGAACAAGCAAUAUCUAUUAUUGGAAGAACAUUAAGUGCAUUUGAUGAGGAUAACUUGAUCCCCUGUUUUGGAUUUGGAGAUGCUUCAACACAUGAUCAGGAUGUCUUCAGUUUCUAUCCUGAUGAGAGACUCUGUAAUGGAUUUGAGGAAGCAUUGACACAAUAUAGAGAAAUAGUUCCCCAUCUAAGAUUAGCAGGACCAACAUCAUUUGCUCCAAUCAUUGAAAUGGCAGUAACUAUUGUUGAGCAAAGCGGUGGCCAGUAUCAUGUUUUAUUGAUUAUUGCUGAUGGGCAGGUAACAAGAAGUGUAGAUACUGAACAUGGCCAGCUAAGUCCACAGGAGCAAAAGACUGUUGAAGCAAUUGUGCAAGCAAGUGAGUACCCUUUGUCCAUUAUUUUAGUUGGAGUUGGAGAUGGGCCAUGGGACAUGAUGAGGGAAUUUGAUGAUAACAUCCCUUCUCGGGCCUUUGAUAAUUUCCAGUUUGUGAAUUUUACAGAAAUUAUGUCGAAGAAUGUGCCAGUUUCCAAAAAAGAGACUGAGUUUGCUCUUGCAGCCCUGAUGGAGAUACCUUUUCAGUAUAAAGCAACAAUAGAACUUAAUAUAUUGGGCUGUCGGAGAGGAAAAGCUCCAGACAGGUUUCCUCUUCCUCCACCUAUUUAUGGUGCAACUUCAUUUAGCAGCAGUAGCAACUUGAAACCUUCUCGCUCAAACAGUUUCCAGCAGAGUUCAACUUCCUAUGGUGGACGUGAUACAUCUGCUAGCAUGGCUCCCCCAUCAAAUUCAACUUAUGAUAACCAGGUUUGCCCCAUUUGUCUUACCAAUCAAAAAGACAUGGCUUUUGGCUGCGGGCAUCAGACCUGCUGCGAGUGUGGAGCCGAUCUUCAGUCAUGUCCUAUCUGCCGUAGUCCAAUCGAAACCAGAAUAAAGCUUUACUGAGACCUUUGUUUUAAUUAAAAUUUCUCAGCUUCCAUGAUGGUGGUGGCACCAAGCGAUCCCAAGAUUCUUUGUAAAUUAUUUUCAGAUUUUGGUCGGGUUUUACUGUUAGAAGUUAAUCUGGGGGGAAGCAGCAGAAGGUAGGUCGCCAUCUAGUUUGUACAUUUCUCUAGAUUCAAAGUCUUAUUCACUAGAGAGCAGUACGCUAUUUUCUUUAUCUUAUUUUCUUGCUUUUGUUGGAAUUUGUACGUGUUUAUUCUUAAUGGGAAUCAGGGUAUUGAAAUUUGGAAGUCUAAUAAGUAAAGCUUGUGUUUA